GCACAUGGGGAUGGAUACCCAUCAUCAUCUCACACCACGACAGCAGUGAUUCGGUCUAUAUGGUCGGCUUGUAGCAGUAGAAUUGAAGUCAGCAACACAAGAGGUCAAUCUCUCCUCUGUUCUUUUCUUAUCUCUCUUUCUUUGUCGACUGAAAUUUACUCUCUUUUUCCGAUCACACACUCUUUUGUUGUCUUUAUUUGAGGGCACGCGUAAAGAACAACAGAGAGUGUUUUUCUCAUCAGAAGAAGAGCCCAACAGAUAAAAGAAAAAAAAGAAUCGAAACGGAAAAAGUGAUUCCCAAGCAAAACCCCUUAUAAAUUUCUAGUCGAACUAACCCAGUUUCCCCAAUUUGUACACAAAUAGUCCUCUCCCUCCCCCUCUCACUGUCCACCAUUUCUGAACUCUGCUGCUGCUGCUCUCUCUCUAAAAUGUGCCCCCAUUUCCACUCUCCUCAACCUCACCCAUAACUUCCCGGUAAGAAUCACGCCUCAUAGCUCUCUCUCUCUCUCUCUCUCUCUCUCUCUCUCUCUCUCUCUCUGUCUGUCAUGCACACGCAUGUCCACAUUGAUAUCCGUAAAUUUAUGGAGUAAAUUUUUUUGAAAGGCUCCGUACAUAUAUAUUUGGGUGUCUAUAAAGUAUAAACUAUAGGAGUUUUUUAGUAGUUAUGUUUCUGUUUCCUCAAAAAAAAAAAAAAAAGGGAGUAUUUUGUUUUUCUUGUUUUGUUUCUGUCAAUGGUGAGAUUGCAUAAAUAAAGCUCGAAUUUCACUGCAAAUCUUGUGACCUGUCCUUUUCUCCGCCAAUGUCAUUUUUUAAUAUCUAACUUUAACUAAAGUGAUUUUUCCACUUCAUAUUUAGCUUCUUCUUUUUUUGUCUUUAUCCUUUGUAAAAUUACAAAAUUAUUUUUUAUUUUGUUAAUGUUAAUCUAUUUUCUCACACAUGCAAGGGUAUGUCGUAAUUUCAAGUAGGGGAUUACAAAUAGUGUAGCGUCAAUAGUUAAAAUUAGAGUGUCAAAAUCAAUUUUCAUAUUACUUCUCAAUAAAAGAGGAGAUUUGCAGUUAGUUAACUGACAGUCAGCAAGUCAGACGCUCGUAAAUUCUUAUAUUCUUAUGAAUGAAUUUCAACACAAUGUCGUCGACAUGGUGUAAACAAAUUCAUUUUGCUAAACCCAAUUAAUUGUGAAUCUUAAGUUUUUAUUUUUAAACAAUUCAAGUGUCUGGACUAACUUUUGCGCUCUUUGACUAAUCUUUGACUAAUUCUGGAGAUCAAUUUCACCGUAUGCUUGCGGGGUUUAAUUAAGGCUGUCAUGAUCUGUCCUUCCAUCCUUCCCUCUCGAAAACGUGACAAAAAGAGUCAGUUUGUGUGGGUGUGUGUGAAGAGAGUACAAGCAAUUGAAGGCGAAGUCGCAGACGGUCUUCGAGGCGUCCGGAUGUCGGCGAUAAUAAGCUUCGGUAGAUGUUGAUUGAGAGAGACACAGACAGAGAGAGGAUCCGUGGCAUUUAAUACGAUGAGAUUCGACGUCUGACCACUUUCAUUAACUAGUUGGAGUACUAACUUACAUUAGUUUUCUCAUGUGAUAGCAGUAAUGGGUAUGUGAAUCAAUUACUACUGUACCAGUUGAUCGAAAGGAGGAGAGAGAGAGAGAGAGAUCUGAGAGAAGAGAGAGGAGAGAGAAGAAUGGGGAGAUCGCCUUGCUGUGAGAAAGAUCAAGUGAGGAAGGGAGCAUGGACUCCGGAAGAAGACAACGUACUUGUCGACUACAUUGCCGAACACGGCCAUGGUACCUGGCGUUCUCUACCCAAGCGAGCAGGUCUCAGUCGAUGCGGAAAGAGCUGUCGGCUCCGGUGGUCAAACUAUCUUCGCCCCGACAUUAAACGGGGUCCCUUCACUCCUGAAGAAGAGAGUACUAUUAUCCAGCUUCAUGGCAUGCUUGGUAACAAGUGGGCUGCCAUUGCUUCCCAGCUACCAGGAAGAACAGACAACGAGGUUAAAAACUUCUGGAACUCCCAUCUAAAGAAGCGCUACUUAUUUUUGGGCCUUAACAUGCAGGCCUCCAAACUAUCCCCUUCCUUCCAAAAGUCGAUCGAUAUGAAACCCAAGUCCCCAUCAACUGCCCACAUGGCACAGUGGGAGAGCGCCAGGGUAGAGGCUGAAGCCCGUUUGUCGAUGGACUCGGUUCUCAAUCCACCGUCAACUGGUAAAACAGACUCCGAUUUCUUCCUUCGUCUAUGGAAUUCUGAGGUCGGCGAAUCAUUCCGAAAGAUUAACGAACAGUAUGGAAGAGAAAGCCAAAGCCCAAAAACAUCUCAAACAUCCUCAUCGAUGAAAGUUGGGUCUGGUUCUGGUGACCAAAAAUGCCUGGAGGAGUAUAAGAGUCCCAAAAGUUUCACAGAUGAUUUGAUGGUGGGUUCAGACUCCUCGAAUUCGUAUGAAUUAGAAGACGACUCUUCGGAUUCAGCGUUGAAGAUGCUGCUAGAUUUCCCGGGUGGCAACGAUAUGGGAUUCCUACAAGGACAGCCAGAUGAUGUCUCCAUUUUCCUUUAACAAAUAGAGCUGAUGGUGCUGCUCUGUUAUAGAUUAUGAUUUCCAAUCUAGUAAAAUUAACUGAGUUUCACCUUACAGCUUCCCAGACUUCAAUUGGACCUGAUGGUUACCAAAUUAGGCUCGGGUAGUGAAAAACGAUUUCCCCAGUUUUGAUGUUAAGUUGGUAACUACAAGGUCCUGACAUAAUUGGAUGUGUUUUUGUUCUCUACCUUACAUUUUACAAUGCUAUAUUAUGGGGGUUUUUUUUCCGCAA